AUAAACAAAAGUGAUAUACCCUCCUUGGAGUAAUAUUUUUCAGUGGAUAUACCUACCUCGGCCCUCGUACGGUUAUCAUUUCGCUCAAAGAAAAGAACAAUUAAAGAAGCUAAAUUAUUAUGGCCCACAUACAGCUCACCGAUGAAUUAGUGCGAGAGUAUUUGCUUUACAGAGGUUUCACCAACACAGUAAAAGCAUUCGACAAUGACUUAAAAUCGGAUAAAGACAAAGGUUUCAGAGUGGACAAAAUUGUGGAUCAAAUCUUGCAUUACAUAAACGUAUCUGACCUGAAUGGACUUAAAGAAUACUGGUCGCAUCUUGAUAGUUUAGUAUUUGCCAAAUUAGAAAUUCAUGUUCAACCUGCUGUCCGCAAGAUAGAAUACAGUCUGUACAAGCUAUAUCUAAUAACAGCAGCCCAAAGUGCAGGUGGUGUAAGAAAUGAAAAGGUAGCAGACUUUCUGUCCAAGAUGCUGCCUGAACUACAGGGACAAAGUGAAUGGAGAGACUGGUUUAUGUUGCCAUAUGUACAAAAACCUGAUGAAAACCCAUCAUUCAGUCUCUACUUCACUCGGGCCUGGCAGGACAGUGUACUGGUGUCACUACACAAUCUCUUAGCAACAGUGUUCCAAUGUAUGCCACAACCUACCCUCACAAGCUAUGAGAGUGAUGCAGCGCUUGUAAAACGGCUACAGGAUGAAAUUACUACACUAAAGGGCAAACCAACAACCGAGAAAACCUCGCCAAUUAGUCACCAAUCACGCUUAGCACAGUACUCAGAAAGACUCAGUGGACCCUUACCAUUGGUUGAUGACUUUUACGCAAUACCAUCAGAACAGUUUGAAGGUGGUGUGAGAGAGGCCCGUGGACUAAGGGGUUUAUUAAGACAAAUGGGAGGCAGCCCUGUUAUGGGGAGAAAAUCAGGACGAUCUCAAAGUCAAAACUGAAUAAAUAGUGAAAAAAUACUCAUAUUAAUUUAAGUUUGUGUAUAAA